CAUGCUCUUUGAAAAACCCGGAAGCUGCUAAACAGACAACUGUCGCUGUAAUCUCUUCUGUAAACGUGCUAAAAUAAGUCGCAACGGCACCACAUUGCAUUUUAAGGGUGCUUUUUUUAAAACUUUAUUUCGUCAGUGAGAGCUCGUGGGGGAUGGUGACUGCCUCGUCGUUAACGCUUCUGUAACGGAGCUGCUUCAUUGAAACCUUAAAAACAAACUGCGAGUAAGGACCAAAGCAGCUGGGGAAGAUGCCUGCUCGUAAUGUUGUGUCCCACGGCCCUCCUAACAGCAAGGUUAGGUACUCCAGGUUGGCCACUGAUGAUGACGGCUACAUUGACUUACAGUUCAAAAGGAGCCCACCCAAGGUCCCAUACAAAGCAAUUGCACUUGCCACGAUACUCUUUCUAAUCGGGUCUCUGUUAAUCAUCAUUGGCUCCCUUCUGCUGGCUGGAUACUUUGGUGUCACACACUCCGACCGAACCGUGCCAGUCCUUAUCAUUGGGAUCCUCGUCUUCCUGCCUGGAAUUUACCACCUCCGGAUAGCUUACUAUGCAUCAAAGGGCUACCCAGGCUACUCCUACGAUGAUAUACCAGACUUUGAUGACUGACCAGCACUGUAGCUUCAGCCUCAGUCUUACUAUGCUUCCAGCUGCAUUAAUGGCUAAAUCUAAGGUAGAGAUACCUCAAAAUAUGUAAUGUAAGCAUUUUUUGUAAAUUACAGUGUUCUCUUGGUAGCUUUUUAGACUGCACCUAUGAAGCCAGAUUUGUUUAAUUUGUAUAUUUGUUUUUAGCUUAAUAAAUAAAUAAACCGGAAACUGAUUUUU